CUGCAGGGCGGCGGUGCGAGCCGGCGAGCCGGGCGAGGCCUUGCUUGGCGGCUUGGCUGCGGAGUCCGCGCCCUCCCGAGAGCCGUGCGCACCCGGCGCGUUCGCGACUCCCCGGCGACGCGCAUCCCGCAGCCGGCACCCGCGGAUUCGGUCUUGCGGGCGCUUCACCCAGGAGUGCGUCGAGCCGGAGUAAGUGGCGUUGCCCGCGGCCUGCCUCUGAGGAGCCGCGCUGCCCGCCCGCCCGCCCUGCGGGAGAGGAACCCCGCCGAGCACGCAGGUCAGCAGAAGAGCUAUUCAGAGGGAGAAAAUCCUGUUGGUGACAUCAUUCCCUUUGUUCCAGAUACAUUCUGGUUAGCCUGGGAGAGGAGCUCUGAGGUCUAUUAAAGACAUAAACUUACAGGAAAAGGCCUGGUUUUGCAAUUCACGGAAGUAUAUGACACUGUGAGUGAUCCAUUUCACUAAUGCAGAGAUGUCAGCUUAUUUAUAGGAAUUGUCCAAAGCCACAGUCAUGGUGGAUGUAGGAAAGUGGCCAAUCUUCACUCUGCUCUCGCCCCAGGAAACUGGAUCUAUCAGGAAAGCAUGUGUCUUUGGCACCUCUGCCAACGAGGCGAUCUAUGUCACUGACAAUGAUGAGGUCUUCGUGUUUGGACUGAACUAUAGUAACUGUCUAGGAACUGGAGAUAACCAGAGCACACUGGUGCCCAAGAAACUAGAAGCUUUGUGUGGAAAAAAGAUCAAAAGCCUUAGCUACGGGAGUGGCCCCCAUGUCCUCCUCACCACUGAAGAUGGAGUCGUCUAUGCCUGGGGCCAUAAUGGAUACAGCCAACUGGGGAAUGGGACCACCAACCAAGGCGUUUCUCCUGUCCAAGUCUGUACUAAUCUCUUGAUCAAGCAGGUGGUUGAAGUAGCUUGUGGUUCACAUCAUUCAAUGGCUUUAGCAGCUGAUGGAGAGUUAUUUGCUUGGGGCUAUAACAACUGUGGUCAGGUGGGAUCAGGAUCUACAGCCAAUCAGCCAACUCCUCGGAAAGUUACAAACUGUUUACAUGCCAAGAGAGUGGUCAACAUUGCCUGUGGUCAGACCUCAUCCAUGGCUGUUCUGGACAGUGGUGAGGUAUAUGGCUGGGGCUACAAUGGCAAUGGACAGCUAGGCUUGGGAAACAAUGGCAACCAGUUGACCCCAGUGAGAGUGGCGGCUCUGCACGGCAUGUGUGUGAACCAGAUUGUCUGUGGUUACGCACAUACACUAGCACUCACAGAUGAGGGCUUGCUCUAUGCCUGGGGAGCUAACACAUAUGGGCAGCUGGGAACUGGAAGUAAAAAUAACCUGCUGAGCCCAACACAAAUCAUGGUGGAAAAAGAAAGGGUUAUAGAGAUUGCAGCUUGUCAUUCCACCCAUACAUCUGCUGCUAAGACCCAGGGCGGGCAUGUGUACAUGUGGGGCCAGUGCCGGGGCCAGUCAGUGACCCUUCCACACCUCACCCACUUCUCCUGCACCGAUGAUGUGUUUGCCUGCUUUGGCACACCGGCUGUCUCAUGGCGCCUCCUGUCUGUAGAGCAUGAAGACUUUUUAACAGUUGCAGAGUCACUGAAGAAAGAAUUUGAUAGUCCAGAAACUGCUGAUCUAAAGUUUCGAAUUGAUGGAAAAUAUAUUCAUGUCCAUAAAGCUGUUUUGAAAAUCAGGUGUGAGCACUUUCGGUCCAUGUUUCAGUCCUAUUGGAAUGAGGACAUGAAGGAGGUGAUAGACGUCGACCAGUUUUCUUACCCUGUGUACCGUGCCUUUCUCCAGUACCUCUACACAGACACAGUGGAUCUGCCACCUGAGGAUGCUAUAGGCCUUUUGGACUUGGCAACGUCGUACUGUGAGAACAGACUGAAGAGGCUUUGUCAGCACAUCAUCAAGCGAGGAAUCACUGUGGAGAAUGCCUUUUCAUUGUUCUCUGCUGCAGUCAGAUAUGAUGCAGAGGAUUUAGAAGAAUUCUGCUUUAAAUUUUGCAUCAAUCAUUUGACAGAAGUUACCCAGACUGCUGCGUUCUGGCAAAUGGAUGGUCCCCUGCUAAAGGAGUUCAUUGCUAAAGCCAGUAAAUGUGGAGCCUUUAAGAACUGAAGCCAAGGCUGCUGGGCUAGGUGUGAGAGCUCUGGGGCCCUGUGGGUGCGGUGAUUCUGCAGGUAAAGCCCCACAUCAGAGACAGUGCUCUGUAGGAAUAUAUGAAGGAUAUUUGCUUCUUGUGAGUCUGUUUUUUUACAACUCUUGUUUCUAGAUAUGUAUGUUUUAUAUGUGUUUUUCUUACAUUUGACUGAACAUUGGGAAAGGAUGAAAGUUUACAUGCUUUUGUUCUUUUAAUUUUAAUGAAAAGACUUUUAAACUUGUAUUAAGAAAGCCAGUAAAAUAUCCCUAGCCCUUUGGCCACAAGCCUGUCCACAUUGCCUGUGGAGGACAGGCCCUGCCCAGUGCUCCCUGAGUGUUGCUCACUGUCACCAGCCUCCUGUGGGGGCAUCAGCACUGUGGGGGGCUCUUAAGGAGUAUUCUUAAUAUGCAUUAAACCCACUUAAACAGUCAAGAAAUAUGUAGGUUUGCUGAGAUGCUAAUGGACAGGCACCUAGGGCUGGAAAGGUGGCUCAGCGGAUAAAGGCUCUCAUCACUAAGCCUGACGACCUAACUGGAAUCCCCAGAACCCACAUGGUGGAAAGAGAAAGCAGACUUACAAGUGGUCCUCUUACACAUGCACCGUGUCUACACAGAAGGCACAAUAAAGGAGAAAGAAUAAGAACUAGAAGAUUCAGGUCCCUGUAGAAAAUUGACAAGAAAUACCUGUGAGAAGUUGAUGGUAAAGGAGCUUUGCUUGGAGAGGAGAGUGUUACAGAAAUUAGAGCCCCAACUCCCCCGCCCCACAUUACGCAACAGUGCUUCACUAAGGUUGUGUUUGAGACCAGGGUGCACACUACCAUCCCCCUCUCCCUAUAGUUACUCAUAAGCACAUUCUACAUGGCUGCUUUUUUCCGACUUGAUGUGAUUAUUAAAGCCACCCUUCUUACAGGACUCCAUAGAAUGUUCACUGUUUUCAGUGGUGGGAGGAGUCCAGGCCAGAUUCCAUCAAAACUUAAUUGAAGCUUCACCUUCACCUCUCCCGUUUUGGCUUUUCUUUCUAUAAUUGUGUUAGGAAGACAUUUGUCACACCUUGUUAAGCUCCCUAGUCAGGCCUCUCCUGAAAAGUUCAUUUGUAAAACACUAGGUCAGGGGGGAUGGUGAGUAAGACACUAAAGAGGCAGGCAAGUGUGUUGACAGACAAGGUAAGUAGGAACUAGAGCUCAAAG